AUGGCGACAGAAUCGCAACCAAUCCAAAAGCUAGCGAUUCCACUCAAAACCAGAAUCGCUCUCACCGUUAUCUCCACCUUCACCGACAACGCUCAACGUCCCGACGGCUCUAUCAACCGCCGUUUCCUCCGCCUCUUCGAUUUCCGCGCUCCUCCCAAUCCCAAACCAAUCAACACCGUCUCCUCCUCCGAUUUCGUCGUCGAUCCUUCCCGCGAUCUCUGGUUCCGUUUAUUCACCCCGCACGUCUCCGGCGACCGUAUCCCCGUCGUCGUUUUCUUCCACGGCGGAGGUUUCUGUUUCCUCAGCCCCAAUGCUCGUCCCUACGACAACGUCUGCCGCAGAUUCGCUAGGAAGCUACCGGCUUACGUCAUCUCCGUGAAUUACCGUCUCGCUCCGGAGCACCGUUACCCUGCUCAAUACGACGACGGAUUCGACGUCCUGAAGUACCUCGAGGAGAAUCACGGCACGGUUCUCCCGGCGAACGCCGAUCUGUCGAGGUGUUUCUUCGCCGGAGACAGCGCCGGUGGAAACAUCGCGCACAACGUCGCGCUGCGAGUCUGCCGCGAGCGGUGUUUCACUGCCAUGAGACUCGUCGGACUCAUCUCGAUCCAGCCGUAUUUCGGCGGAGAAGAGAGGACGGAGGCGGAGAAACGCCUCGUCGGGAUGCCUCUGGUUUCGCCGGAUCGAACGGACUGGUGCUGGAGGGCGAUGCUGCCGGAGGGAUCAAACAGGGACCACGAGGCGGCGAAACCAAGCGUCGUUGACAUUUCGGAUCUGGAUUACCCGGAGACGAUGGUGGUCGUGGCCGGGUUUGACCCGUUGAGGGAUUGGCAGAGAAGCUACUGCGAAUGGUUGAAGUUAUCCGGGAAAGGAGCAACGCUAAUCGAGUUUCCAAACAUGUUCCAUGCGUUUUACAUCUUUCCUGAGUUGCCGGAGUCUGGUCAGCUAAUCGAACGGAUUAAGGAUUUUGUUGGGAAGCGCGUGGCUUCACUCUCCGCUUAA